GGAAGAAAGGUAGAGCCUUUGGACAAUUUGAAGAAUCUGGCAAAGCUCUGCUUUUCCACAUUCGUUUCAAACGCCGCCGCCGCCGUUAUGAGUCAGAAACAACGAGGGCCUCUCGUUUAGAAGAAGAGAGAGAAAAACAUCUUAUCUUUGUGACUUUCGGUGGUGUGUGUGAUGUUGUUGUCAGCCAUGGCGAAGAAAGAUCAACGAUCUCUCUCUUUUUCCUUCUUAUGUGUCUAUCUUCGGACUUCGAACAGAGUCUCUCUGAAACGAAGCAGCGACUCUUGAAACUCCAUUGGAAAAACUUUUUGUCCUGUUUUGAUAUUCAUGGCUUUACCUUGGUACUUAAAGACUGGAGUUUUAAUGUCUCCUCCGGCCGCCGGAUUUAGUCUUCCAGGCAGUCUUAUGAAGUUGGACAGUGGCUUUGCCGUUCCGAAAAAGUUACAGAAUAUUCGUAAAGGUGAUCGGGAAAGAUUGAGAAUCCAAGCUGUUUUCAGCUUUCCUCCAAGAAACGGUCAAGCCGAGAAGCGGAAACAGCUCAAACAGGAACUUCUUGAAGCCAUUGAGCCUCUUGAACGUGGUGCCACUGCCACGCCUGAUGAUCAGCUUCGGAUUGAUCAGUUAGCACGUAAAGUGGAAGCAGUAAACCCAACCAAUGAGCCUCUCAAGUCUGAUUUAAUCAAUGGGAAAUGGGAGCUCAUUUAUACAACAUCUGCUGCGAUUUUGCAAGCAAAGAAACCAAGGUUCUUAAGAUCAAUAACAAACUACCAAUGUAUCAAUAUGGAUACACUAAAGGUGCAAAGAAUGGAGACUUGGCCUUUCUAUAACUCGGUAACUGGAGAUUUGACACCCCUCAAUUCGAAGAAGGUUGCUGUGAAACUCCAAGUGUUUAAAAUUCUCGGUUUUAUUCCUGUAAAAGCACCUGAUAGCGCCCGCGGUGAACUAGAGAUUACUUAUGUGGACGAGGAACUACGGAUAUCAAGGGGCAAAGGCAACUUGUUGUUUAUAUUGAAGAUGUUCGAUCCCACUUAUCGAAUCCCUCUCUGAUCGAAAAAAUGGCUCCGAGCCAUCGUACAUACCUUAUACUCUUCAUAUGUAAUCUAACAUAAAAUCUAAUAAGAGAGAAUAAAAAGACAAGCUUUUAUAAA